GUGAGAUAGCGGGGACAGCCAUUUUUGGCUGACUCCACGUAGUCUGAACCACCCGUCUGACCCAACAAUAAAGAUUUGUGUUGCCUCUUUGCUCAAUCUCCUCUCUCUCUUCUCGCGGUGCUGCCCGACACCCAAUGCAGGAGACUGUAGCUGCACUAAGAACAACCGGACCCCCUUCCGACUCAGCCAGAGGAGAUUUCUUGGGAACAUGGACCAUAGAUCUUUAUGGGGUGCAGAAAGGGGGAUGUCUGACUUCUACAACUGCUUCUCAACUGGACAUGGGCAUUAACUGGUCGAUUCAUACUCCCUCCCCAACCUGUUUCUACCUUUCCCAACUGGGGGAGAAGCAACACCUCUUCCCAGCCUGGACAUAGACUGAGGAGCUGUCAGACAGAGUAUUAAGAUCCUGCUGCUGCUGGCAACAUGAACUCAAAAGAUGGUGCAGACAACUCAAGUAGUAGCUUCCUCUUUCCUGGCCAGCUUCUCCUGGAGACAGAGAACUGCUGGUGAUGCCUCCAGAGUCCAACAGCUCUAUUGAGGAUGCAGCUAGAUACAUUCAGAAUGCCAUGUGCAGAGAAGACCUGCAACUCUUUCUGGCUGACAGACAUGCUUGGAAGAAUUUUGUGACUGAGGCCAAAUUAUCCAGGGAUGAGGCCGGAGCACUGUAUGGAUAUCUGAAGGAUCCAGAGACAGAGAAAGAAGGCAUGGAAGACAGAAACAUGUUGUGGCUGUGGCUGCGGUUAUCCUUUGUGUUUGGGCUAGGGUUAUUCUUGGUGUUAUGGUUAGAUUUAGGACUAGGGUUGAAGUUAUUCUUAGUGUUAGGGUUAGGAUUAGGACUAGGGUUAGUAUUAGGGUUUGGGUUGCCGUCAGGACUGAAAUUACUUUCAGCAAAAGGAAACAAAAGAGAGGAAGAAGAAAUGAUCCAAAAAGAGAAGGCAUAUAGGCUUAUGUUUUUGGAGGAGUAUCCUUUUGUCAAACAAAAACUUAAAAAGCGCAUAGCUGAGCUCCGUGCCCUGGCAGACAGGGUAGAUAAGGUUCAUAGGAACUGUGUCAUCUCCAGUGUGGUGACCAAUGCUACUGGCAUUCUCUCUGGCAUCUUGACUUCCAGUAGUCUAACUCUGGCACCUAGGAAUGCAGAGGUCAGUCUGAAACUGUCAGCAACUGGAAUGGUGCUUGAAACCGCUGCUGCCAUUGGCAGCUUAACCACCAAUAUGUUGAAGCACUCUAGCAUGUCAUCAACAGAAGCUGAAUUCAGGCGCUUGACAUCAACUAACAUUAGCCAAGAAAUGGUGAACAUGGAAACUGGACAUGACAAUGUUCCCAACAUGAUUCAUUUGAGAAAUACUUUUAUGAGAGGUAUGAAGGGUAUUGAGAAGAACAUCCAUGCUAUCAAGUUGGCCAAAGAGUCUAGUCGCUUAGUUCCCCGUGCCAAACGAGUCAUGACCAGUGGAGUGAUCUCAGCCCCAAAAAGGAGGCAGGUAGAGAAAGCUUUUGGAGGCACUGUUCUGGCAAUGUCAAAGGAAACUCGGAUGUUGGGCAUAGCCAAUGCAGCAAACUUAGUUCUGUUUGAUGCAUACAACUUUGUGCAAGAGUCAAAGCACUUGUAUGAGGGGGCAAAGACAGAGUCAGCUGAACAGUUGAGGCAGUGGGCCCAUGAGCUGGAGUUGAAGUUGGAGCAGCUCGAACAAAUCCAUGCGAGACUGCAAUAGGAGUCACUCGUGGUGGGUGGCACAGGAAGGAGGGCUGUGUGGUUAAAAAAGUUGUAGUCUUACCUUGUUGGGGAGACAGAAAAGCAUGAAACAAAGAUUAUGAAAUUGUAAGUUGAUUCUUUUUCUAGCAUUUACUCUUGCUUGUUUUACCCAUUUUCCUUUGCUUUGCCCCAGUGAAUAAUGUUGCAUGUAACGUUAUAAGUUUUACAUGUGUACAGAUUUGGCUCCAUCUCAUAAUUUAAUGUAUAGAAGGCACAACAUUUAUCACUCUUGAAAUAGUGUCUAAUGGCUUUGAUUUCUACAUCAUCAAUAAUGAUUUCAUAGGGUGUUAAUGUCUCAGAAGUUGGGAUUUUAAGAUUUGAAACUUUAGGUUCCAGGCAGUGGCACACAUAGUUCAGUGCUCACAUCACAGUGUGCAAGGAGCCAGGUUCAAGCCCUUGCUCCCCACCACAGGCAGUGAAGCUUGCUGCAGGUGUCUCUCUCCCUCUUCAUCUCCCCCCGCCCUCAAUUUCCCCUCUGUCUCUUUCCAAUAAUAAAUAAAUAUUAAAA